UUUGUAAGAAAAUUUGUUUGACAUCUGAAAGUUGAGUGACGUAUAGUUGACAGUGACAGCAGCUGGUAGGAGGCAAAAUUCUUAUAAUAAAUUUUAUCUGCUAAUAUGAAUUUCUGAAGAAAAAUGAGUGAAUUAUUUAAAUCCGCUUUCGAAUACUUUAGCAGCCCUACAAACGGACAAAAUGAAAACAGCUUCGUCGGACAAAUAAUAGAGAUUUCUAAUGUUAAAUUAAAGAUAAAAAAAGUUAUAGCAGAAGGUGGUUUCGCUGUUGUUUUUGUAGCACAAGAUGUAGCGACUGGAAAGGACUAUGCUCUAAAAAGGUUAUUGGCUGCUGAUGAAGAAUCAAAGAACAAUGUUAUUAGAGAAAUAAAUAUAUUAAAAAAAAUAUCCGGGCAUCCUCAUAUUAUUCAGUAUUUAUCGGCUUCUUUUAUUGAUAAAUCACAAACACAACAUGGUCAGUCAGAAUUUUUGCUUGUAACUGAACUUUGUCCAGGUGGUUCUUUGGUAGAAAUUUUACAAUCACGCACUACAGCUUUCGACGUAGAUAUAAUAACAAGAAUUUUCUAUCAAACAUGUAAAGCUGUUGCUCAUAUGCACUCUCAAAAUCCACCCAUUAUACACAGAGACUUAAAAAUUGAAAAUCUUCUAAUCAGUGCAGAUAGUACUAUAAAAUUAUGUGACUUUGGAUCAUCUACAACUGAUGUUUUUAAUCCUGAUAUAUCGUGGUCUGCCAACCAACAUGCAAGUCUUGAAGAAAAUAUGGCGAAGUUUACAACACCAAUGUACAGGGCUCCCGAAAUGGUAGAUACAUGGAAUAACUAUUUUGUAGGCACUCCAGUCGACAUUUGGGCACUGGGGUGCAUUUUAUAUACUUUGUGUUUCAUGAGGCAUCCGUUUGAAGAUAGUGCAAAAUUAAGAAUAAUGAAUGCAAACUAUAGUAUUCCAGCUGAUCCUAAGUUUGCUUGUUUUCAUGAAAUAUUAAGAGGUUGCUUGCAAGCCAAUCCUCAGCAAAGAAUCAGCAUCGCCGGCAUUUUAGAAAGGCUCGCAGCAAUCGCAGAAAGCAACGGAUAUGAUCUUAAGGCGCCGCUUAUUUUGUCCACGCCGCAGCACAAAGUAAACGAACCGCCAGCGCCCUCUAAUAUUUUCAACGAAUCUGCCAACAAUUGCGCUAAGCCGCCUCCAUCUAGGCCUGCGCCGCCGAUAUUCGAUGCUAGUAAAACACCGCAACAAGUUCCUCCUCGUCCAACUCCUCCACCGCAAAGACACGCCCCUCCACAAAUCCAACAACCUCCUCAAAGACCAAUCGAAAACAAGCAGGCCGGGUUGUUUUCUUCUCUCAAAGGUGGCGCCGGAAGUUUUUUGAAAAAUCUUAAAGAUACCAGUAGCAAAGUUAUGGCUACAGUGCAGCAGAGCAUGGCUAGAACCGACUUAGAUAUCCACUACAUAAGUUCCAGAAUAAUAGUAAUGCCGUAUCCGUCAGAGGGCUUCGAAACCGCUUACAAAACUAAUAAUAUAGAAGACGUGAGACUGUUUUUAGAUUCUAGGCAUCCGAAUUUUAGAUAUUCCAUAUACAAUUUAUCUCAUAAACCGUAUCAUUCGAAAUUCGGCCAAGCGAGAAUCGUGGAUUGUUCGUUCGCUUACCCGGACACGUUUAGGGCGCCAUUGUUGAAUUCGAUGUAUCAACUGGCCGAGGAUAUUUAUCAGUACUUAGCUGGAGACAGCCGAAACGUAGUUGUAAUCCACUGUACGGACGGAAAAGCAACGUCCGCCACGUUGGUAUGUGCUUUAUUAAUUUACGCCGGUCUAUUCGAGGUGCCUGAAGACGCUUUGCAGAUGUUCGCAGUGAAACGUUGUCCGCCGAAUAUGAGGCCAUCCGAAUUGCGGUAUCUGUAUUAUUUAGUAGACAUAGUUAGAAAUCCACCAGUAUAUCCGCAUUAUAAUCCUGUGACUUUGGUAUCGUUGCAAAUGCAACCUGUUCCUUUGUUUACCAAAGUUCGAGAUGGAUGCAGACCUUAUAUAGAAGUUUUUAGUGAAAAUAGAUGUAUUUUAUCAACUUUGCAAGACUAUGAAAGAAUGAGACUGUUUUAUUUAGCUGAGGGAAAGUGUUUGCUUCCUAUCAACGCCACCGUUUGCGGAGACGUAUGCGUAAUAGUUUAUCACGCCAGGAACAUAUUGGGCGGCGUUAUGACCCAAGGUAAAGCUACAGGUAUCAAAAUCUUCCAAAUUCAAUUCCACACAGGGUACAUUCCGGAAGAAGAGACCUGUUUGAGGUUCGCAAAAUCGGAUUUGGACGACCUGUCCGAAGCCCAUGAUCAUUUUCAAGAUAGAUUUACGGUGGCACUGAACGUGUUCGUGACGGAUACCGAACGAAAGCCUACACAGCCCGCGCCGUGGCAAACCGAUCAAACUAAACGUCUCAUCGAUACGAUGUUUACGUCUCAAAUAGAAAAAGAAGAAACUGUAGAUAAUUUCGUUAGUGCACCAAGUAGGAAAUCCGAAGAACAACAACAGAAGCAACCGGAAAGGCCAGAAAGACCUGUCAGACCACCUCCUCCUCCGCCUUUAGCUGUUAUUCUAACAGACAAUGAAGAUUCUUCCUCUGAUGCAGAACAAAGUAUUCCUCAACCGGCCGUACCCACAGAACCGCUGAUCGAGUCCUUGGACCUUUUGAAUCUGAAUUCCGCGCCGGUGGUCGACAACACGUCGGCGAAAAAGUCGCCGGGCUCGAACUUCGAUCUGCUGUCACAGCUGGGCGGCGACGGAGCUAACGAUAAUUUUACCGCCUUCAAUAGCGCCCCCGCUCCGCCCAAAACCGAGGAUAUAUUCGAUCCGUUCGCCUCGUAUGGAGGCGGAGGAGACGGAAACAAUUUAUUGGGAGGAUGGGAUAAUUUUUCAUCGGCCGCAGCUCAAAACGCGAUGCCGCAAAAUGCAGCUAACGAACAAAAACCCAGUGAUCCUUUCGCAGAUUUCGGAAACAUCGGUGGCGGGUUGAACUUCGCACCAUCCCACGGACCAUCUACCACGCCGACCAGCGGUUCCCAAUCGCCGAACGCGCCUGCGCCGACCACUCCGCAACACGUAGGCACGAAUAUCCCGCAUUCCCACUCUGCGAACGCCACCCCGAAGCACCAAGCGAGAUCUCCUGUCGGCGCCGACUACAAUAGAUCGCACUUUGACCUGUUGAACAAGAACCAACAACCGAACGAGCCGCAAAAGAAGGUGCAAAGCGACGACGUGUUCGGCGAUUUGCUGGGAUCGCAGGGAUACAGUUUUACCGGGAAGAGGGAAAAUAUGCCGAGGACGAUGAACGCCAUGAGGAAGGAAGAGAUGGCGACUUAUAUGGAUCCGGAGAAGAUGAAGGUUAUGGAAUGGAAAGAAGGGAAGAAGAAUAAUAUCCGCGCCCUUCUCUGUUCGAUGCACACGAUUUUGUGGGACGGAGCGAAAUGGAAUAAAUGCGAAAUGCAUCAGCUCGUAACUCCGGCAGAUGUCAAAAAAGCUUACAGAAGAGCUUGUCUAGCUGUCCAUCCGGACAAGCAAGCUGGUACUGACAACGAGAAUUUGGCGAAGCUCAUUUUCAUGGAACUGAAUACCGCGUGGAGUGAUUUUGAGGAAGACGCUGCCCAACAGAACAUGUUCACUUAACCGUUAUUAUUUUGUAGUUGUAUUGCUAUGUUAAAUUUUUCCCAUCAUUCCAGUACUAAUACUUUAAAAUGUUUACUACGAAAUUAUUUAUUUUAGAUGUAGGUUGCCGUUCUUUCCUGAUUACUCAUAAAUAACUAUUUUUAACGUAGCUCUAAAGUCGCAAAGGGGUCCCGCACUGUUUUAAUCAUAUUUUUUUGUCUCCCGAUUUUAACGAUUUUUUGCUCCACUUCUAUCUGAUGAGUUGCAAUAUUUUUUUUUAUUAUUAAAAAAAAAACAACUGCGGGACUCCUUUAUUAAAAAGCAAUUUAAUUUAGUUUUUAUCAAAUUUUUGGCGUAGACAAAUAUUUUGCAAAAAUACUUUAGAGGUUGGAAUUGUUAAAAAUAAAAAAAAGAUUUAUGAUAUUAACCCUGCGUUAAUUAUAAACAUUUUGUGUUUAAUAUAUUCUAUUUUUAUAUUGUGACUGUGUUCAUA